AUGUCUGUUCUUAUCUGGAACAUUAGAGGUGCGGGGAACCCGAAAUCCCUUCUAUAUCUUUUAAAGAUAAUUACACAACGUAAACCACAAAUAGUUGCUAUUUUGGAGCCUAAACAACAAGUUAAUAAAAUUACAAAAAUUGCACAACAGACUGGUUACAAGAAUUAUACUCAUGGAAACCCUCUCAAUCCUUAUAUAUGGGUGUUUUGGAGAGACGAGGUGAAUUGGCAGACGUUGGAGAUUCAUCCUCAAUGCCUUACUGCGGAAGUGGUGAUUCCAAAUAUUUUUUCUGGGAAGAUGACCUUCGUAUACGCUAAAUGCAAUCGGCAGGAACGAUUACCUUUGUGGGAUUACCUAUCUCAUCACAGUAGCACUUGUCAUGAGCCUUGGGUGAUUGGUGGAGACUUUAACGUUAUCAAAACUCUAGAUGAAAAGCAGGGAGGAUCGAACGCACAUAUGCCGGGGAUGCAAGAUUUUAAUGACUUUUUAGUUGAUGCUCGCUUAACAGAUGCAGGUUUCGUGGGUAAUAUCUUCACUUGGAGUAAUAAUCAACGGGGUCAAAAUCGCAUUUGGCAAAGAUUAGAUCGAAUUUUGUUGAACGCAGAGGCUUUCACUGCCAUUUCGGCCAGAGUGGAUCAUCUCCCGAGGCUGGAAUCUGACCACUGCCCAUUACUUCUCAAUUUUGGCCAGCUGCAAACUAAGCCAUCUCGUUUCUACUUUCAAAAAAUGUGGACGGAGCACCACAAUUACCAAGAUUUUGUUGCCACUUUUUGGCAACAGAUUAUUCCUGGCGGUCGUGCUAAUUUUGAGAGUAAGUUGGCCAACCUUCGCAAGGCUCUUAGAAAGUGGAAUUGGGAGGUUUUUGGGAAACUCGAGGAUAAUAUUUCUUCCAUGCAAAGUAAUAUAGCGGAUAUGGAAGCCCGUCUUUCCCAUGCAUGGGAAGAUGAUUUGUUCACAGAAUGCCAAAAAACAAAAACGGACCUCGUUCAACAGUUAGAAUGGGAGAAUGCACUUUUGGCUACCAAAGCUCGAGUUAAAUGGCUGGAGGAAGGAGAUCGAAACACCAAAUAUUUCCACGCUCGGAUCAAAGAGAGAAAGAAAAGGAAUCAGAUUACCCUCAAGCUCGACGACGGUUCCUUCACGUCAGACUGUCAACUUAUAGGGGCGAAAGCAUUGGCCUAUUUUGAUGAUCUUUUUCACGCUACUCCUUACCAUCUUGAUCAAGAUCUGUUCUCACAUGUAGAAGCUAAGGUUACUACAACAAUGAAUACUAAACUUUGUGAAAUCCCAGACGAAGAUGAAGUUUACAAGGCUAUUAAAGAUUUGUCACCGGAUAGUGCUCCCGGGCAAGAUGGUUUCACAGGUUACUUUUAUGUUCGAUGUUGGAGUAUAAUCAAGGAAGAUUUUAUGCUGCUAGUUAGUGGCUAUUUUCAAGGGGACUAUCUCUCGAAAUGCAUGUCCACUACUCUUCUCUUUCUUCUGCCGAAGGUUUCUAAUCCGGAAAACCUUACUCAAUUUCGUCCAAUCAGCUUGGGAAACUUUGCUAACAAGGUUAUUUCCAGAAUUAUUGCUUCGCGAUUAAACGCAGUCCUACCUCAGAUAAUUUCGGAAGAACAAUCAGGGUUCUUGAAAGACAGGAGCAUCCAUGAAUCGAUUGCUAUAGCGCAAGAAUUGGUUUCGGAUAUCGACCGAAAAGUUGAAGGUGGAAAUAUUAUAUUUAAAUUUGACAUGUCUAAGGCCUACGAUAGAUUGGAAUGGAGGUUUUUGCUUAAAGCCUUGCACGCCCUGGGAUUUUCACACCCAGUUCAACAUCGGCUGGCAGGAUGGCAAUCGAAGUUACUAUCGUUUGGUGGUAGAAUUACAUUGGUACGUUCGGUUCUUUUUAGCCUGCCCACCCACACUCUUUCAUCAGCCGUGGUUCCCAAGCAAACCAUAGUCAGAAUGGAGAGGCUUUUUCGUAAAUUUUUAUGGGGUAAAUAUGAAGGAUCUGGGAUUAAUUGGAUCAAUUGGACGACUAUAUGUCAGCCGAAAGAUGAAGGUGGCCUUGGUUUUCGCUCAUUGCUAGACACUAAGAAGAUUAUGGCGGGUAAGUUGGCAUGGCGGGUCCUCGAAGGUAAAACGCUUUGGGCUCGGUUCGCCAGAGCAAAAUACGGGUAUGACUUUCAAAGCCAAAUUCCAGCUCAUGCUUCUUUACUGUGGCGAGAAUUAUUCCCUCAUCUACAACUCUUGGAGAAUUAUAGUAGAUGGAUCGUGGGAAAAGGGGAUAUCGAUUUUUGGAGAGAUCGUUGGAUCGACAAUGAAGGUCUUGAUGAAACUCAAUCUAUCUCUUUCAGGGAGGCUAAGGAACAGCCGCAACAAUUUACUCCUCAACUGCAGCCGGAACAACAAACGAUCUUCGAUCUUAUUGAACUGGAUGAGAGGGUUGAGGAUAGAUUAAUCUUCACAAAAUCGAUUUCUGGGAAUUUUAAUGUGGCUGACUAUUGGGAGUUGAUCCGUUCCAAAGCUUCUCCGAAUCCUUUGGCGAAAAAAAUUUGGCAUCCUAAAAUUCCAUAUAACAUAGGUGCAUUUUUCUGGAAACUGUCAUAUGGAGCGAUCCCGGUGGACUUGGCUCUUCGAAGGCGGGGCUGCAUGACUCCAUCCAAAUGUUGGUGUUGUGCUGCUCCUAAGCAAGAAAGUCUUUCUCAUUUAUUCAUUCAGUCGGAUAUUGCUCGUGGUGUUUGGAGUAAUUACGCACGGAUUUGGCAGAAACCUUAUGUUUAUGGAUCUAUGAAGCAUCUAGUUCAAGUUUGGAUGGUUGAUGCUAGUAUUAAUACUCAAGACGGUUUUAUGGAGCUUGGUACUCUCAUGUUCGGUUGUUGGGAGAUUUGGAAAAGUCGGUGCAGGGCAAUCUUCGAGGAUACUCCGAUGAAUACGACCACUAUUACUCGAAGUAUAUUCUCACAUCUUCGAGCUUUGAACGACGCUUUCUUGGGAAAACGCCCAAUGAAACUGAUGGGUCGCCUCAUAAUCCAACAAUUAAAUUUGGAGGUUAAGCCACCUCCAUUGACUAGGGGCAGCUGGAUAAAGUGGAACCCUCCGAAUCCACUUCAAGUCAAGGUCAACGUGGACGGCUCAAGAAAAGGGGAUGAAUGUUCCGGUGGUGGGUUAAUUCGGACUCAUGAUGGAUCUUUUAUUCGAGGCUUUUCUAAUUUUUACGGUCAAGGUAAUCACAUUCUUGCAGAAGCGCAGACAAUUCUCGAUGGGUUGCGAAUUUGUCAUGAGAUGGGUUUUACACAGGUUAAAGUGGAGUCAGAUUCCAAAUUAGUUAUCGAUAUGAUUUAUCAUAAAGCCAUAGUUGCAUGGGAGUUAAUUUACGUCAUCAGAUGCAUUAGAAGACUUCUCAAGGACGAUUGGCACGUGAUGCAUAUUUAUCGAGAGGGUAAUCGGGUGGCAGAUGGGUUAGCUAAGUUGGCUCAUGAGCACAAAGAGAGGAAGCUAUUUAAAGUUGUAAACGAACUUCCUCGCUGUAUUAGACCUUUAUUACUUCACGAUAGGAUUGGAAUUCCUCAGUUUCGUAGAUUUUCAAGAAGCAAAUGA